UAGACGCCAGCGAGUGUCCCUAAGGUUCAGGGCCACAGAAAGUGGGCCCAGAAAUCGGUGAAAUUCUUGGGAUCCUCCUUUUGGGUUCCUGAAAAGCCCCGUCGAAGACAAACGAAAAAGGCCCUGGUCCCUCCGAUAAUUCUCCGGGCUUAUUUAUAAAUGAUAGAAAAUGAGGGACCAACUACAUUUACAAAUUAAUUUGAAAGAAAAAGAAAAUGUGUACAAAGAAGACGGUCACAUUUCAAGACGUCGCGUUAUCGGUUCCAGAAAUGGAAAAAGAACGAUCCGGGAGACCAGGAAAGGCCGAGGGAAGUGGGCCCAGAAGUCGGCGAAAUUCCCGGGGCCCUCCUCGCGGGUUCCUGAAAAGGCCCGUCGAAAACAGACGAAAAAGGCCCUCGUCCCUCCUCCGAUAAUUCCCCGGCCUCAUCGACGUAUGAGGAUUCGGCGAUAGCCGCGAUAUACUCCUACUCUACCUACCGGGGACCUUCCACCUUCCACCUUCCAGCCACCUCCUCGCCUCCGCCUUGGCUCGCCAUGUGACUGAUUCCCCUUCUCCUCGUGUUGACGAGUCGAGGGCCUGCCUACCUGCCGCCGUUGCCCCGCUCCCAUUACGACGCGGACUCUCGCGGCAGGUGCACCAACCUAAGUGCCACUCCUGGCUGCCUACCUGCGCCGCAACCUGCGCCGCAACCUGCGCCGCAACCGCGCCGCGAUCGCCGAUCUGGCCGAGCUCCGCUCUGCGACCAAGAGUUAAAACGGAGUUCCGACGGAGUUCCGACGGAAUUUCUAGCCCCGACCUCGCGAACCUGUCCCAGGGACAGAAGUGGCAGUCAAGUGACGACCUCUCCGGACAGUGUCUUCCCCCAGUGCGUGCCGAGAGCUGCGAGCCCAGGUUGGGACAGGUGAAACGGUGCCUGGCGACCCUAGGAGGAACCGCCACCGAGGAUAGAAGACCCCCAGAGGUGUGGAACUUGCGGCGCAGGUGCGGCCGAGACGCGCUCCCACCUGUGGAAGGCUAGGACAGAGGGUUAAGACCACGUGGUCCGUUCCGCGGAGAUCCUCCGACUGGAAGAGGGAACUCGGAUGAUCCUUGGAGCUGAUAGAAGCCGAGAUAGGGGACUCUGGAGAAGACGCAACUUGCGGAUCCAUCCGAUGGACAUCAGUUCCUGAGACUCGGACAGUGCCGAGGGUGUCGACGGGUCUGGAUGUUGGGAUAAGGGAGGUGAUAAGACAUACCCACGGGUGCUUCUGGUGGGCCUUAUCCGAGAUUCCUGUGGAGGUGGGUCUGGGAAGGAAUUACGGAAACGGAGCCGAAGAGACUCGAGUGCCGAGGGUGGACGUCAUUUCAUGAUACUCCGACCAGUGGUGACGCAGGUCGAGGUGGACCUGGUAGGGAGCUGAAGAGGAAUUUUCGAGGAGCAGGUGCAUCUGGUGGACGUCAUUCCCUGAGAUUCGGAGAGCGAGCCUGGCGGACGCGCUUAUCGGGUGCUCGCGGAUCGGCCGCGCCGAACGACGACACACUUUCCGUGCCGUAUCAGCCGCUCGGUCACCUAGCGGCGCGUUAUCGCGCCUCGCGAAUAUCACGCCCGACCUUGGGAGACCAAGACCCGGUCGCAGCUGCGCCCGGGAAGCAUGACAACUGCGAACUCAGGAGCUGCCACAGGGAAUCGGCUCCAGGGCGCGACCAACGACUCCAGUGGCCAUCUAGGAGUCUAACCGAGGCGGUACCGAAGCGGAAUCCCCGAGGGAUCCAGGUGGUGCACGCUUCCCAGGCUUCCGCAGACCCCUGGAAUCGGGGCCAGCCCUACACCUGACCCUGAGACCCCAGCAGCGCGGAUAUGUCCGCGACAUGUUGAAAGCAUGAGGGAGCUGGACACCGAGAGCCCCGUCGUCUGGCCGGCCUGGUGCUACACUGGUGAGGUGUCUAGCGAGACCGCAUCCUUGGACACGGUUUCACGUGGCGGGGAGCGCGGAGAGACGGCGGACCUAGGAGCACACACGGAGACCAACGACGGGGGCACCCUGGCCGCGAAUACAGCGGUGGACGCCAGGGGCGGAAGCCCCCAGGGCGCUCACAUCUCGGGGGCUGCCACCCCCAGGCCUCCUCGAGGCAGGAGGCGCCAGAACCAAAACGGCCUCGACACCACUCAGGUGAAAACGGAACGACUCACUCCAGACAACAACUCGACCUCGUCGAGGAGUGUGACGCCUUCCUCCUCAAGCCACCCAGGAACGCCGCCCAAUGCGACUCCCCUCGGAGGUCCAGAGGGCCCGCAGCCUCCGCAUCAUCUCAAGCACAUGGAGCAGAUGAUGGGCCGCAACUACAGCGACUUCAUGAGGAGCCUGGCCGCCAAGUACAACAACGCCAAUCCCAAUGACUACUUCAGCACACCCAGGAACGGGUACCCAUCGGGCCUGGACCCCAGGUUUCCGGCCUUCAAGACGGCCGCGACGCCCUUCGUCGGACUGAUGGCACCCCUGGGGGCGCCGCAACCCCCGACGGUGCCCACGACCUCGCCCCUGUCCUCGAAGGAGGCCAAGGAGCAGAAGCAGGACCCCUUGUUCGGCAAUCCCGUCUUCCCGCCCAUGCUGGACAUGUCCUCCACCCAGGCCCUCCUGCACAUGGUUAGGACGGCCAACGCCGCCCAGAACGCCGCCGAGCUCGAGACCUACCUCAAGGGUGCGAAUAAGCGGGACGCGGGAGUGACGAGUCCCCUGGACCUCUCCAGCCCUGGAGGAUUCGCUCCCAGGAAGCGCCAGAGGACGGAGGCCACCAGGAGGUCCGGAAGUGUCUCGCCGAAGCCUAAACCUGCUCCCAGACCCAGCACACCUCCACCUAUCAGGUGUCCAUCCCUCUGUGGACACAUGCCCUGUGGAGACGGCCAGGCUGUUAAUCGCUGGACCAUCGAGGACGUCGUCAACUACGUCUCCUCCAUCGACAUCUGCGCAGAGUACGCUCAGAACUUCCGGGAGCACCGCAUAGAUGGCGCGGCGCUGCCUCUGCUCUCGGAGGAGCACCUGACAGGCCCGAUGGGCAUGAAACUGGGCCCGGCGCUGAAACUGAGAGCUUUGCUGGCCCGCAAGCUCGGGGCCUGCACCGUGUGCCUGCACUGCGCACACUGCCACCAGACGCCGCUGCCGGCGCUGGGCGCCGCAGCCGCGGUCGCGGCGUCGACGCAAGCGCCGGGACGGCGGCCCAGCAGUACCGGAAACUGACAAAUGCUGGCGGAGACUCCCGGGCCCGAGGUCGACCUCAACCGCGCCCUCAGGAUAGAGCGCCGCCUGCCGCGGCCGCUGCGCAGGCCCGAGGCCGUCUUCAAGAAGCCCGUCAAUCAGUGACCAGGCCCGACCUCGACCUCGACCUCGACCUCGACCUCGACCUGGAUCUGGACCUCGACCUCGUCCUCGAGCUUAGUUCGCCUGGUAAAGGAGGUCAGAGAGAUAUUGGACUGGCUUUGGGUUCGAAGCCCAACCUGGUGAAGGAUCUGAGCCCGACCUCAUCAGCACCUUUCGUUCUUGGACCUCCUAGGUCGUUCCACCAGUCCUCUCGUCUUCUGGCAACCUGGAAACCUGUAAAACUCGUAGAAAGGGGGGGAUUUUUCCAAUGACUCGGGAUAAGGUCGCUUCGAUUGGAAGAGGUCCGUGCACAAGGUCAUCGGCGAGGUUGCCGGAAACGGCUCUGGACUCGUUGGGGAAGACCCAGGUCUCCUGGGUCCCGGGUUAAGACCUUGGGCUCGGGUGACCGUUUGGCGGGGACUCCGCCAUUUGUACCUUCCGAGGUCGACCUCGACCUCGCCUCAACGCCUAACGGGCUCGACGACGAGCCCGCUCGGGAGAGAGAAAGACUCCUCGGACUGACUCUUGGACCUUCGGGUCUCCGCAAGGUACUUAAACGGCAACCAGUGCGUCAUCGAAGAUGGAGGACGCGAAGUCGUGGCAAAAUGGCCCACGUCCACGCAUACGUCUUCCACGAGGCGCCGUCGAGCUGGACCAGGUUAAACAGUCGUGCAUGGGUAUCUUUCCUGUCGGCUUGGGCGCUUAUCGCAUGAAAUGCGAUUCCGUGACUCCAGACUCGAAUUUAUACCCAUGGAAGGGAUGACUCUUUCACCUGGGACCGCUCCGAGGGGCCGAUCAGCUGUCAGCUAUUGCUGAUGCGUUUUUGGUUGUCACUGUGACGACUGUCGAACUUCUCCGGUUUGGCACUAGACGCGUCUCGCGGCCGAGGGAGCGAUAUAUGCCGAGGGACCUCGAAUUGACCCUUCCGCUACUGGGCACUAUACCUUAUAGUGGCAUCCAGUUUUGUCAUCUUUUCGAAUGACGUGCCAGAGACCCGAUUCUCGAGUUAGUAGCCUCAACUUUCACGUGCGAUGUUGUCCGUCUCGUAUACGAUUUUUAAAUGUUGACCAGUGACGCGAUUCCUCAACAAUGCAACAUUUUUCAUGCGAAUCUAUUCGUAUACGACUUUAAAAUAGUGACCAAUGACGCAACUCCUCAACAAUGCAACAUUUUUCAUGCUAAUCUAUUCGCAGACGAUUUUUAAAUGUUGACCAAUUACGCGACUCGGCAACAAUGCAACAUUUUUCAUGCGAAUCUACUCGUAUACGACAUUAAAAUGUUGAUCAAUAACGCAACUCCACGACAGUGCGACAUUUUUCAUGCGAAUCUAUUCGUAUACGAUAUUAAAAUGUUGACCAAUGACGCAAGUCUACAACAAUGCCACAUUUUUCAUGCGAAUCUAUUCGUAUACGACUUUAAAAUAGUGACCAAUGACGCGACUCCGCAACAGUGCAACAUUUUUCAUGCGAAUCUAUUCGCAUACGACAUUAAAAUGUUGACCAAUAACGCAACUCCGCAACAAUGCAACAUUUUUCAUGCGAAUAUAUUCCUAUACGACUUUAAAAUGUUGAUCAAUGACGCGACUCCUCAACAAUGCAACAUU